CAAAAUUGCCGACAGUGUUUAGUAACUACAUUUUCCAUUAUUUCUCGCCUAUUUCGUGUUAAUUUAUUAUCAUGCUGUUAAAAUAAAUGUACAAAGGGUUAGUCUGUAAUAUCUUGGCAUAUUUACUUUUGUUUAAUUUAGUUAUAACCUCCUAAAUACGAGCACUAUUUUUUCGUUGUUUGAUAGGCCAUUUGCAUGUGCUUGCGACGCGCGAAAUUUAAAUCAAGAUGAUUAUUUUAAGGGGCAUUCAAACCAAGUUUAUUAGCUUGGCUAAGCGUGGUUUAGCAACCAGUAGUUGUUUAAGGAAUGUCGACAAGCAAAUAGAUGACAUUUUGACCAAAGAUAGUGAAUAUAAUUCAAUAGCGGAAAGUUAUUUUCGUUUAGGGGAAAGUCAUAAAUGCCUAGUUAUACAGCCGUACGUAAAAUGGGGACCAAAGAAAAUUACCAGUAUUUCCCCAGAAGAGCAAUUAAAUGAAGCUGCAGCUUUAAUAGAAACUUUACCAAAGUGGAGUGUGGUGGAUAGUAUAGCAAUACCUUUAGAUACCUUGGAAAGAAAAACUUUAUUUAAAUCUGGCUCAAUGGAUAAACUAACCAACUUAGUUAAUACAACGCAUAUAAGCGCGAUUUUUAUAAAUGUCAGUAAUUUAAAAAGAAUUCAGACUGGUCUUUUACAAGAAAAUUUUAAGAAACCCAUUUUUGAUAGAUACCAAAUUGUGAUGCAAAUACUUAAGUUGCAUGCUACAAGUAAGCAUGCUAAAUUACAGGUAGCUUUAGCAGAAUUAUACUAUGUUGCUAGGAAAGCGCAAAAAAGUGCGAUGUUUAAAACUAGCAACCAAGACGCGUUAAAAUUGAUGUUUCAAAGUAGGGAACAAAAAUUAAAAAGUGCCAUAAACGAUUUGAGAAGCCAAAGAGCCCUGUUGAGAAAUAAAAGGCGUAAAAUGGACUACCCAAUAGUGGCUGUGGUGGGAUAUACUAACUCCGGAAAGACUUCAUUGAUUAAAGCCCUAACAGGGGAUGAAGGCUUGGUGCCGAGAAAUCAACUAUUUGCUACAUUGGACGUUACAAUGCAUUCGGGGAUGUUACCUUCAGGUUUAGAAAUACUUUAUGUGGACACUGUAGGAUUUAUUUCUGAUAUACCCACUAAUCUUAUUGAGUGUUUCGUUGCUACACUGGAAGAUGCUGUAUUGGCUGAUAUUAUUGUUCAUGUAGAAGAUUUGGCGAGUAGCAAUUUCGAUUUUAAAAGGGCGCACGUUUUAAGUACUUUAAAGGAUUUAAGUAAGCAAACUGAUGCCCCCAAUUUAAUGGACAAAGUGAUGAGUGUCGGAAAUAAAAGUGAUCUUGUUAAAAAAGUACAAAAUGAUGACGUUAUAGCUGUGUCAUCAAAAACAUAUACAGGUCUCGAUGAGUUACGGAUGAAAUUGGAAGAAGCAAUUUUAAAAGCAACUUCGCGACAAAAAAUAACGAUUAAAGUACCCAAUGGAGGUGAUGAACUUAGAUGGCUCUACAAAAAUUCCACUAUUUUAUCGGAAGAAGCCGACUCGCAAAAUAGUCAAUUAAUGGGUUGUAAAAUUAUCAUAACCAGCACAAAUCUGCAAAAAUUCAAGCAUUACUUUGUCAACACAAAAUAAAAUUUU